CCUGUGCGACCGACAAGUCCAAGCAGGCCAAGAACCGCCCCCUAAAUACAAGGGGUAAACGGAACAGCUCUAAAAAAUAUAAACCAGACCAUGUAAUCACUUCAAAACAUAUCAUACGCACUUAUUACAUGAAAGUAUAAAAAAGUGGAUCUUGCAACUAAAAUUCAAUCAUCUUACAAGUUUUAGCAAAUGCAAGACCAAUUCAAACCCGUUUUAGCGUGAUUGUUAGAAAAUGAUGAGUGAAGGCCCACCAUUCUCGGCUUUUUACCCCAAUCUUCAUAUCAUCACAACAUACGUAUAAAAGCAGCAUAUAGCAGAGAAGAAGAAAUUAACACCGUCAAAAAUGAAGACCACUUUCAAUUCUUUUCUCUUCACAUUUUUCACUCUAAGUAUUUUCUUAGGUUUUCAAGUGUAUGCGGUGCCGUAUGAUUACUCAUACGUACUUGGGUGUGUGGCGAAGCCCGGGGCGCCGCAAUACAAGGGCGGAAUCGCCGUAAAUCCGGAAUUCGACGAAGAACUCAAGGGAUGGGCAGCAGCUGGAAAUGCCAAAAUAUCAACUGCCAAAUCGCCCGACGGCAAUGCAUACGCCGUCGUUUCUAACAUAGUCACGCCCCAGUCUGACGGCCUCUCUCUGGCCUUCAACGUGGAGAAGGGCAAACUCUACACUGUUUCGGCAUGGUUCCAAAUAAGCGAGGGAGAAGCUGCGGUGCAAGGCAAAGUAGUCACAAGCACCGGCAACAAAACUGCCAACUUUAUUACGGCCAAGGCCGGUUGUUGGACCAUGUUCAAAGGUGGCUUUCAUGUCAACGUUACUGAACCGGCUGCGCUCCAUUUUGAUACCAACUCUACAGGAUUUGAUAUGUGGGUGGAUAGCGUCUCACUGCAGCCUUUUACGCAAGAAGAGUGGAAUUCCCACCAAGCUGAGAGCCUUGAAAAGGUGCGCAAGGCGAAAGUGAAAUUUGAAGUAGCGGAUCAAUUGGGAAAGGCGGUGGCGGACGCGAGCGUGUCCAUCAAACAACGGGAGCCGCAUUUCCCGUUCGGCUGCGCCAUGAACUUUUUGAUCGUGAAAAACGAAGCAUACCAGAAAUGGUUCUUAGAAAAAGGAUUCAGAUAUGCAGUAUUUGAAAACGAGCUGAAAUGGCAGGCAACCGAGUUGAAGCAGGGGGAGGAGGACUACUCGGUCCCGGAUGCGAUGCUGGAGUUUGCAAAGAAGCACAACAUCAGGUUGCGCGGCCACAACAUCGUGUGGGACGACCCCGAGUACCUGCCGGAGUGGGUAAAAACGCUGCCUGAUGACCAGAAGCGCGAGGCUGCCCUCAAGCGGGCCAACUCCGUCGUCACCAGGUACAAAGGCCAGUUCUUCCACUGGGACGUCAUCAACGAGAACAUGCACUACAACAACAUCAGCAGCGUCACCAACCACGGCGCCGACGUCUUCAACCUCCUCCACCACCUCGACCCUCUCCCCAUCCCCUUCCUCAACGAAUACAACGUCAUCGAGGACGUCAGCCUCCAAUCCUUCGCCGCCACCUGGAAGUAUUUGCAGAAGAUCGACGAGAUCAGGAAAGCAGGCUACAACGGCCCUCUAGGCAUCGGCCUCGAGAGCCAUUUCAACUACGUUGAGCCCAAUUUCCCCUACAUUAGGGCUUCCAUUGAUAUGUUUUAUGCCACCGGAUUCCCCAUUUGGGUCACUGAGUUUGAUGUCGACAGCAUAUACAAAAAAUGGACGCUUCAAUAUAUGGAGCCGCUGCUGCACGAGCUUCACUCGCACCCCUACGUCAACGGCAUUAUAGUGUGGGGGGCCAUGGGCGACAAAAAGGACGGGUGCUGGAAGAUGUGCUUGACCGACCUUGAAUACAAAAACGUGCCGCCCGGAGACAUCCUCGACAAGUUCAUGAGCGAGUUCAUCAGAGUGCCCGAUACUAACGGCAAAACGGACGCCACCGGCGCCUUUGAAACUUCGCUAUUCCACGGCGAAUACGAGGCCACUGUCACUCGCGCUGACGGAGCUCAAGCUGCCGAACCACAGACGUUUAAUCUUAUGCCUGGCGGAGAUGUCACCGCCGUUAAGUUCAAGACUCGCUGAUAUAUGGGAAUGUAUAUCAUACAUAAUCUCUAUUAAUUCCCAGAGUUACUUUUUUUCUUCUUCUUGUCUAUGUGUUAAAUCCAGCCACCAUUUUUCCCAUCGAGAUUAUAAUUAUUAACAA